UUUGAUCUUACCUGUUCCUUGAUCCUGCCGCGCACUGUCUUCCCGGCUUCUGUAAUGGCGCUCGGCAUGACAGCCGGGUACCCAGUGCGCAUGAGCGAGAAGCACUUGCGCUUUGUGAUUGGUCCGGCGGCUUCUGGGAUCUGUCAUGUGUCCCAGGUACCGCCUUACCAUUCACAAAAAGCACCGCUUCUUGUGCAUGCGCACUUGGCACCCGGCUGUCAUGCCCAGUGCCCACACUACAGAAGCCGGAAGACAGCGCGCCGCUGGAUAGAGGAACAGGGUCCCGCUGCAGAGCUG